CCUCUCGCAUCUCGCCCAAGGAUUCGCUAUACCUGAAGGCUUACACCAAGACACAAUGUUCAUUACCCAGCUAGGUAUACUGAUGGUCGUAUCGUUGGCUUUCUGCGCCGACGCACAGGCGAGGAAUGUCAACUUCGAAGCUUGCUUGGCCAGCAUCAGGAACAGCACCCUUUCCGAUGCCUAUUCCAUAUUCAACAACAGCAUCACUGAUAAUUCUGGAAAGCCUAUCGGCCCCCACGACUGGCUCGACGCUGCUUCCAACGCGGGAAGCCUCUGCGUGGAUGCUGGGCCAGAUAAGCCGCUGUGCUUCGUUACCGCCGUAACAUUCCAUCAAUGCCAGAAGACGUGCGGCUCAGGGAGAGAGCCCUUCUCGUGGACAACUUUCUCGCAGCAGUUUGGGAAUUGGCUACUUCCUUGGCUUGCGUUACUGUCUCAACUACCGUUCGGUGCCAACGACCGACUGGCCAACCUGAAUUCUGUCUCGCUCACCGUCGGCUCCCCCGCCCUUGCCGCGUAUUCAUUGGCCAUUACCGCACUGAACUCGCAUUGGGUGAGCGAACGCUUCGCCUCCUACCAUUAUCCCAACGUGCACGACAUCGUCCGUACUCUUAGCAGUCUGCAGCAGUCGCCGCUACGCGUGCGGACAGAAGACGGUUUGCUCGCCUCGCUUAUUGUCCUGCCGGAGAACGACUGCUGGUGGUCCGAGCUCUCCAAUUGGCUCGACCACUCCGGCGCGCAUACAUGGUCUAUAUCUGCUUUCGCCAAUAUUGCAUGGGUCGUCCUCGCCUUCGCAUUCACCGUCUUCAACUCCUUCACAACGGCUACUGAUGUGUCCAUUGUGCACGUGAACGGGCAGGCGAAUGGGACACUCUGGCUCUGGCUUCUACCAAUCGUCAUUGGAUGGCUUCGUAUAUCGCCCAAAUGCGACGCUGAUCGUCUGGCGAAAGCGAUGGACCAGGCGAACGCAAAGGCAUGGCUGGCCACUGACGAUGGUCCACCCAUUACCGUCGAGAGCUUGGGAUCUUCCCAGCGAGGCUUGUCUCUGUACAGGCGUGGCCGUAUGGCGCUGUACAAGGAUCAGCACGCCAGCCCACCCAUCUAUAACUACGCUCGCAUCUUCAGCUGGACGCGUAUCGCGGAAGAGAUUGCUCUGGCCCUCGAAUCUGCAAGCGCAAAUCAUGAGGCCCACCGGCCGGUAGCUCGCGAUGGGCGCCGCUACCAGAUGCCUUCCAGAGCUAUCCCGUGGCCUUCAGAGAACCGAGAGGGAACUCGCGGUGAUGUCGAGGCAUACUGUGGCAAGCGACCUUCAACUCCGCAUUGGGUACCGGGCGUAUGGACCCGCAUCGUUGUCGCAUCGGGACUGGCUUUGAUGUUGCAAUGGGGUGCUACCGGCUCCGCGAUCCUGAACAUCAUCCUCACGCCGACAAAAGGAUUGGGGUGCCGCUCCGGCGCCUAUCUACUCUACGGUGCCAUCGCCACCAUCAUCUGGAUUCUGAUGGUCUCGUCCAGCGUGCUGGUCCAUGUUUCAAGCAGGCCGGCAAAAGCGUCUGUGAGAUCCGCCCAUAGCACUUCGUCCGAGCUGACCUUUACCCUCAUCAGCGUCUCCACUCAUCCGAACAAGGCGUCCAUCCCAUCCCGCCCGUACAUCGCCAAAUUCGCAAUACUCCUCCGCCGCUCAGGCAAAACGCUCGCUGUCGCAAACGCGUCCUUCGCUGUCAUCAUCUGCAUGUUUCAAUUCGCCAACUUCUAUAGCCGGUGCUACUGCAACAGCAGCGUCCUCGGCCUAGGCGAGAGCCGUGCGUACAACGUGAUGGACUUCACUGCGGACGAUUUCGAAAGCGUGUGGGAUGCGUGGGCGGGGAGCAUCGCUAUGGGCGCGGGCUCUGUAGCACUCUUUCUGCUGGCCGUAUGGUUAUAUCUUAAACCACGCAGACCCCAGCCCUAGAUAGGAUUUCGACGGCUUGAUGAUGUACAGUGGAUCUUCGUUACAGCUCGUAGAUUACCUGUAGAUUCAUCGUUCUGACUUUCCAUGUUUUCCUUUGAUGAGAGGGCUAGGUUCUAGCGCAAUAUAUAUUUACAGAAACCAGG